AGAAACCACUAAUAGAAGAUGUAGAGUCGAAGAACAAACUUCAUUCGCUCAAAAUUCCUGAUAUACCUAAACAAAAAACAAACGAUCAGGGAAUGAAUUGGAAUGAAUAUCAAAACUUGGACGUUAUCUACACGUGGAUGGACAGUUUGGAAUACAAUUAUCCUUCACUCUGCAGCGUUAUACCUAUCGGAAUAACAAUAGAAGGUCGGACGAUGAAAAUAUUGAAGAUUUCCAACAGCGACGUUCAGAACGAACCAGUCUGGAUAGACGCCGGUAUCCACGGCAGGGAGUGGAUAGCGCCCGCUGUCAACACUUUCAUUGCUAAUUAUAUUGUGCACAAUUUUAAAAGCCUUCCGUCAUGUUUUACUAACAAGGACUGGUAUUUUCUGCCGGUUGCAAAUCCUGACGGAUACGAUUAUUCGCACAAAGUUGAUCGCAUGUGGAGGAAAAAUCGAGCGGCGUACGGCGGCGAAAUAUCCGGCGUUGACUUAAACAGGAAUUUCAGCUUUGGUUGGGGAGGUAGACAUUCAUCAACUGAUCCUUCGAGUGCGUUCUUUCGAGGUCGAGAGCCAUUUUCAGAGCCGGAAAGCACAGCUAUGAAAGAUAUUCUUAUGAAUUCCGGGAUCAAGUUCAAAGUAUACGUUACGUUACACAGCUUCGGACAAGUGAUCGUCUUCCCGUUCGGGUAUAGAGAUGAGCUUUGUCCUGAUUACAUGCGACUGCUUCAAGGUGCUACUGCUAUGUCCAAGGCUAUAUUUCGAUCUACUGGGAACGUUUAUAAAGUAGGAAUAUCAAGGGACGUGAUGUACGGCGCUUCGGGAACGAGUACUGAUUGGAGCUAUGGUGCAGCAAAAAUACCUUACUGCUAUUUGAUAGAACUAAGAAGCAAAGAACACAAAUUCGAACUACCCAAAGAAGAAAUCAAAGAGAAUUGCAAAGAAGUUUUGCAUUGUAUUUAUGCUUUGAUGGACUUCGUAGACAAUAAUCCUGUUGAUAAUGAAAAUACAAAUUUGACCCCAGUUCCAAGUUAG